UUUGAUUUCAGAAGUUCACAGUGUUCACACAAUUAACAUGGUUUCUGAGACACAUCAUGCACUGAAUUUAGAUUUAUCUCAACAACACAGUUUUAUCCGAUUUUAUAACAAAUUACCUGAGAAAUCGGCAUCAACUAUUCGUUUUUUCAACCGGACCGACUAUUACACAGUUCAUGGAGAUGACACAACCAUCACCGCAGAUUUUCUUUCCUCCGCCACUAAGUACAUGGGGGAUCAUCAGAAACUGGCCUACGUCUGUCUCAAUAAGAACCAAUUCGAAAAUUUCCUGAGAGAGCUCCUACUGGUCAGGCAGUACCGCGUGGAGGUUUAUGUUACUUCUUCCCAGAAAAAUAAUGAUUGGCAGCUGGAAUACAAAGGAUCUCCCGGAAAUGUGUCACAGUUUGAGGAUAUUUUGUUCGAGAAUGCCAAUAUUGAAUACACUAAUUCUGUUAUGGGGGUUAAAGUUCUUCCAAAUAAGGUUUUGGCCAUAAGCUGUGUAAAUAUCACAGAUUCCAAACUUGAAGUUUGUGAAAUUAGUGAUAACGAAUUAUUUUCCGAAUUAGAAGCACUAAUUGCCCAAAUUGGUCCAAAAGAAUGCAUAAUACCAUCAGGCGAAUCCCCUGAACUGGCACUAUUGAAAACGCUUCUUGAACGAAAUGGAAUCCUGGUAGCCAGCGUGAAACGGUCAGAUUUCACUAAAGAUGCCAUCAUACAAGAUUUGAACAGGCUUCUCUUUUUUCAUAAAGAUCAGCAACGAAACGCAUCAUGUCAUCGCGAAACCAACCUCACAGAAGCCAUGGGAUGCCUUCAAGCCGUCAUCAAAUUCUUGAACCUGACAGGAGAUGAGAGUAACUUCAACCAGUUCAAGCUCGGUUCUUUAGAUGCCCAUAGGUUUGUGAGGCUUGAUAACGCUGCCUUGUAUGCUUUGAACGUAUUUCCUAAGGUGAUGUCACAUAAUGUAGAAACUAUACAGAGCAUAACAGCUUCAAAGACUUCUAGCUUGAAGGGUCUGUUGGAUAAUUGUGUAACCCCACAGGGAAGAAGACUUUUGGAUCAAUGGCUAAAACAACCGUUGAAAGACUACAAUGCAAUUAACGAUCGCUUGGAUAUUGUUGAAGCCCUUGUCAAGGACACUGAGACCAGGACAGUUCUUCUCAAGGAUAUUGUGCCUAGGAUUGCUGACCUCACGCCGUUAUUGAGAAAGCUUUCCUGCAAAAAAACUAACUUACAAGACUGCUAUAGAAUAUAUCAAACUCUCAACAACAUACCUAGUAUUGUACAGGUUUUAAGGCACAUCGAAAAUAAAUGUGUGAGAGAUAUUUUGAUAAAUCCUUUGAAUGAAAUACUCCAAGAUAUGGAGAAUUAUCAAGCUAUGAUAGAACAGACUAUUGAUAUGGAAUUGGUUGAUCGAGGAGAGUUUCUAGUUAAGUGUUCUUUCGAUGAUGAACUCAAUGAACUCCACAGAAAGAAAAGUAAGAUAGGCGAAAAAUUCCAGAAACUCUUACAGAUCGCUGCUGACGAUUUGGGAAUGGAAGAGGGCAAAACUAUAAAGCUUGAAUGCAACGAUCAAUAUGGUUACUUUUUCAGAAUGACUUUGAAAGAGGAACAAGCACUUAGAAAAAGUAAAAAUUAUAGGAUUCUCGAUGCCAUCAAAGGCGGAGUUAGGUUUACUAAUAACAGACUAGCAGCCUUGAAUGAAGAAUAUAAUAGUUUAAAUGAGGAAUAUAAGGAGAGACAAAAAGCAGUAGUAGACGAUAUAUUGGAAGUAGCUACUGGUUAUGCUGACACUUUGAGAAGUUUGAAUGUUCUUACUGCAACUAUUGAUGUAUUUGUAUCAUUUGCGACUGCUGCAAUUUCUGCACACAUUCCAUAUGUUAGACCAAAACUUCAAAAGGCAGGAACGGGAAUUUUGAAACUCAAGCAAGUCAGGCAUCCCUGUUUGGAAGCCCAGGACAAUAUUUCAUUCAUUCCAAAUGAUGUCAGUUUCGAAAAAGAUGACAAACUUCUUUAUGUUAUAACUGGUCCAAAUAUGUGUGGUAAAAGUACGUACAUCAGAAGCAUUGGUACUUGUGUCUUGAUGGCACAUAUAGGCAGCUUAGUGCCAUGCAAAGAAGCACACAUAUCGCUAGUUGAUGGAAUUCUUGUAAGAGUUGGCGCAGAUGACAGUCAACUAAAGGGAUUAUCUACUUUUAUGUUGGAAAUGAUAGAAACAUCAUCUAUCAUAAAGAGUGCUUCAUCAAAUUCCUUGGUUAUUGUUGAUGAAUUAGGAAGAGGGACAUCAACUUAUGAUGGUUGUGGCUUAGCCUGGUCUAUCGCAGAGCAUUUGGUCAAGGAAUCUCAGUGUUUCUCAUUGUUUGCCACACAUUACCAUGAGCUCAAUAGGAUGGCUGAAGUUUAUGACAAGGUAGGCAACCUGCACGUCACUGCCGUCACAACUGAGGACACCGUUACCCCAUUGUACUCAGUUAGAGAAGGAGAAUGUGAUAAGAGUUAUGGCAUACAUUGUGCUAGAAUGGUUGGAUUUCCUAACGAUGUUAUAGAAGAUGCAUUGAAGUAUCAGAGGAAGUUGGAACAUCACAGUGGAAUGAAAUUGAUCAAUGAUUUUGAACAUGAUGUGAAAAGGAAAAUUGUUGAAGAAGGCGAGAUAUGUGUGAAAGAAACAAUAAAAAAAGUUAAGAGCAUGGAUAUCAAUAGUUUAUCAGAUGAUGAUUUGUUUAGGAAGCUGCAAGAAAUGAAGAGUGAAUUGGAGAAAAAAGACAAUUUGUUUGUACGAGGACUACUGUCCAACUAGAAUGUGACUGUUAUAAUUGUUUUUGUAAUAUCGAGAUCAUGUCAAAGUUUUGCAUAAGUAAUAAAUCUUUGUAUUUUUUU